GUCGGCGCGAGAUGGCCGCCAGCUCAGGCGCGCAGUCCUCAUCGGGCGCGCCUUUGACGUUGGCCCAGCAAUACGAGCAAGAAGAAGAUUGUGCGAUCUCUUUCGAGCUCGCGGUGAAGGUGACGGGCGCUCUGGUGUGCGCAACCAUCAAGAAGCCUGACCACCACGACGGCCCGCGGCGGGCCAUCCAGCCGGCGCACUUGCCGCUCAUGGACGAGCUCACUUCGCGUUCAAAGCCUGGCACGCUGACCGUAACGCACCUUGUCGACGUUUGCUUGAACGUCGAUGACAUGUUCGACAGGGUCGCCGUGUUGGGUCUGAUGCAGAACCACGAGUAUCUCCAACUCCCAGGCGUUCUCAGCCCGAAGGCCGUGAUAGCAUUCAACUUCCACAUGAACUUGUGCAUUCUUCCAGCCGAAAACAACAAGGUUGAGGUGUUCAAGCACUUCGUGUUCGACGGGAAGCCCCCUCUCGAAGUUGCACGGCGCGUGUGCCAGGGAGAUGCAAUCUUGGUGAAUUUCGGGGCAAACAAGAGAGUUGGGCCGCUAGCUUUCAUCUACCUGUUCCAGCGCAUGGGCGGCUUCCAGGUUACGUACCAUACCUUCAAGACGAAGUCUGGCAAGCGUUGUGACAACCUGGAAACGCCGCAGCAGAUCUCCGACGGCUACGACUUCAUCGAGAAGAACAAGCACUUCUUUACCAAAAGAGGUUGCAAGAUGCGCCGCUGGGUCGACACAGAGACGCAGAGGGAGGAAUCUCCGAUCUUCGGCUGGAACGUCGGCCGCGUCCUCGCUGCCAUCAAGGACCUGAAGGACGCGGACGCCCAGGCAGCGCCUGAGGAGGAGUAUCCGUUGUUCUGGUGCCAUAUCCAGCCAUGGCUUCAGCCCAUCCUCGAAAAGCACAUGGACAAAUGGGACGAGGAUGCGCAGUUGUGGCUUGGAAUCGGCGGGAGCGGCAAGUCCAGCGUGCAGUGCAUCGUCGGUUUCGCCAUGGCGCGCUACCGCAUCUUCGAGCUGGACCUCGUCGGCGCGACGGCCGGCGUUCGCUCCUCCACAGACUUCGACCAUUUCCGCGAGGACGCUGGCCAACCGCACAUCUCUACCAUGUUCGACGAUGGCGAUCUGGACCGAAUGCCUCCGAGAAAGAUAAAGGCCUUCUUCGAUAAGAAGAAAAAGUCUCAGAUGACAACGGAAAGGUAUUCGAGCACCAAGUUCGACGGCAAGGAGCACCGCAGCGCGGGGGACAAUAAGGUGGACCUGGCGGCAGAGCCCCACAUCACCCUCGACGGUCAGAGGUAUCCGCAGUCGGCGGGCUUCGGGUACACUGGCAUUAGCUACGAGGUUUUCAGCAAGAUGAUCCGGCCUGCGUUCCACGUGGAAAUGAGCCAGCCUGACAUUGAAGCCGUAUUGCGACGCGUCCAAGUAUACGUGAACACGGAGAAGUCGUUCUACGUGCGCCCCGCUGGAGUCGGCGACGAGGUCAAGAUCGAGCGCUACGAGCUCAAGACGCCGAAGCUCAUAACUGACGAGGCACUUAAGAUCUUGAAGCGCUGGAAGAAGACUGGCGAGCUGAUCCCUCUGGCCACCAGAACCCAGAUGGAGGCAGAGAAAUCCGAGCUAUUCAAGAGGAAGCUGUGGUCUGGGAGUGGCUCGGCCAGCAGCGCUGCCGCCGCCGGCGCGAGUGUGAAGCAGGAGAUACCUUCACCACCCCCACCGCAGCGGAGGCGUGCGUUCGCGCGUUCCCUCUCGGGCCAGUCCGCAGAGAACGCUGAGAUCGACUUGAACGACAUCUCGUCGCCGAGCGGGCAGAGCAAGAAGAUGCGCGCGGGCGACGACGCCGACGCCGCGGCCAGCUACGCGUCGCAGAAUCAGGGGGGUGACGACAUCGUCGACUAG